UGGACGAAUAAGCUGCAACGUUGCCGAACCUAUCCAGCUUUUGCGGCUUUCCCUGGGCCAAGCGUCACCAGCAAUUUCAAACUGGGCUCACCUGAUGGAGAAGACAGCCGGAAACACAUCGACUAUCCACACUGCCGGAAGUGUGGUUGACGUAGCCCGGGAAGUCAUCAACUGCCAGGAAUACGAUGACGCCUUUUUCAUUUGCGACGUCCGUGAUCUCCUCAGCAAGGUGGAACUAUGGAAGCGUGAACUGCCACGGGUCAGCCCGUUCUACGCCAUCAAGGCCUGCACAGAUCCCGUUGUUCUUAAGCUCUUGAAAGACAAUGGCGUCAAUUUCGACUGUUCGAACAGGAGGGAGAUUGGUACUAUGCUUGACCUUGGAACUACACCUGAUCGCAUCCUGUACGCACAGACAGUAAAAAAUUGCUCGCACGUGGACUACGCUUUAGAACACGGCGUUGACCUUAUGACCUUCGACUCUGCAGAAGAACUGGACAAAAUACAUCAAAAAGACGCAAGGCUCUUGCUCCGCAUAAUCGGCAAUGAAGAGGGAUGCCACUACACACUGAACAAAAAGUUUGGAUGCUUGAUUAGCGACGCACCACAACUACUGGAGAAAGCACGAGCCCUUGGCCGCAGAGUGGUUGGCAUUGCGUUUCACGUAGGCUGUGCUUAUCAAGACCCCAGCAUCUUCGUAAGAACAAUUGAACAAGCCAGAAAAAUAUUUGACUUGGCAACUGAGAUGGGCUUUCAGAUGAACGUUCUUGACAUUGGUGGGGGAUUUCCUGGAGGUCUCAGAAACAAGGAAAAAUUUCUCAAGGUGUGUGCCUCCAUCCGCUCCGCUCUGGACGCUCACUUCCCAUCGCCAAAUGAUAUAACGAUUCUGGCCGAGCCUGGUCAGUUCUUUGUGACUUCAGCUUACACUUUGCUCCUCAAAGUAGUUGGGAAAAGGAAGAGGAAUCUUCUGAUCGACGGAAAGAUCCAAGAGUACCAGGAAGUCUUCCUGAGUGAAAGCAAAAGAAACUGCAUCACUAAUUGCAUCUACGAUUUCUUGGACGUACAGUUCCGGCCACUUGACCCACCAUACGAUCGACCGCGCGACCUUCUCAGCACCCUUUGGGGGGCCACCUGUAGCCCGCUGGACUGCAUCGCCGACAGGCAGCUCUUCUUCGACGCCAAGCCGGACGAGUGGAUAAUCGUGGACAACAUGGGGGCAUACUCGCUCGUAAACGCUUGCGGCUUCAACGGCUUCGGAUUCCCGCGCGUUCACUACGUGGUCCAUCCAGCGGAUGCGGCCAGCGUACGCGCAAUCCUGGACGCCUUGCCCGUGGAAGGCGGUUACGGGCCAGCAGUUGAGAUCGUCAAGAAACGUCCCAGUGACAACGCCCUCAAGAAGAACGGCCUGAUACAGAACGCUCAUUGACAAGGUUCGGCUCGAGCAAUAAGCCCGAUGAGAAAAAUGACUUGGCGGAUCGCAUUUUACUUAGCCGGCACACUGUCUAUUCAACGCGAGCGCUAGCUUCCGGCAACUACUUAGUAUAUUUUGAAGCCCUCGCAUCUUUCUUUAAGGUAGUGGUUAGCAAAGGCAUAGAAGGUAUUCCUUUACUAAGUGCCAAUUUUUCUAGCGUUUAAUAUUCUGCUAGAGAAGGCGCAAUUAGCAAAUUGAAUGUGUCUCGCUAGAACGACGGAGCUUUUAUCAUUGAAAGCAUUGCAGUUCAAUGUAGUGCUUAUUUUGCGUACUUCAGAUGCGGGAAUGUGUUGGACUUGGACAGGAUGAGUAAACGAAGAUCCUUCUCAAAGACAGUUUGCGACAGCGCUACAGCCAAAAUUUGGAAAGAACUGCAGCGAACAUUUAGAUACCGGAAGGUACAGUCUCCUUAGUCAAAUUUGGAUGGUGGAAGCUUCAUCCUAUUUAUGACAGUUAGCCGGAGACCUCCCCCACGAUCAAUCUAUUUCCUCGCAUUGUUAAGGGUGUUUUUACGGGUUGAGACAAUUUGCAGCUCUGCUGUGAAAGAUGCAGCAACUAUAAAAUUUUAACCGUGGUGUGUAUUCACUCUAUGUGGGAUGUCGAUGAAAAGUGACAAUUUCUUUCCGGAUAAAGAAGUUUGAUCAAGACAGAUAGCGGCGUCCUCGAGACAGUGGUUUAUUUCUACUUCUGAAAAGGUGGAAUUCUUCAUCUCUUUCAUUGUAUGUAACGAACAAAAAGAAAGAAACAUCUCCAGUAUUCCGUUUCAUAGUGGCCAUGGCAAGUUAAACGAAAGGGGGAAAACACAUAAAAUUGAAAUAAUGGUCGUAGUGGCUGCGACUAUUUCGCUUUCUUUUAAUUUUUAAGGGGAUGAUAAGGAAACAUUCAUUAGAAAAUAGAAACUUAUUUAACGGUCAUAUAUUACCGCUUGUCGACACAUUUAGUGGUCUUGCAAUAAAGAAAGAAUAGAACCGCCCAUUCUUGCUUUUCAAAGAAAAUAAACCUUUAAUAAUACGUAUGUAAAUUCUGGAUACUCACUAAUGAAGAAAAAGCUAGUCAUCACCGGGUAUUAUUGGCUGCUGUUGGAGCAAUAUAGCAGUAAAAGUGAAAAGAUUGGCUUAACUGACAGGGAAUGUAGCUUUGUAGCCUUUAUUAGGGAUGAUGUUCGAAGAUGUUAAGCGACAGGAUUUGUAUUGAUUGUAUUUUGGUUGAGAUAUUUAGUGACCUACAACAGCCGCUUUCGCGCUACAAAAUGCUCAAAAAGCCUGUUGUGUUAAAAGCCUGUAUACAAAUCUGUAAUCUUUAAAGUGUGCAUCAUUACUUGUGCGGCAACAAAAACAUCUUCCUUUGAUACAUUUUAAUCUGAACUCUAUAUCUGGGCCCUAUUGGCUACACAGUUUGGUCCUGCAGAGAAAUAAAACUGUAACCCCAUGCUUGC